AUGGUAAAGGCUGAAUCCAACUCAUCAAAUCGCCCUUUGGCCGGAGGCAGGAUCCUUCGUAGCCGAGCGCGCACAGCUACACUUGAUGAGUCCGUCGUGAACAAAAUCAAGGAGCAUCAAAAAGAACUUGUGAAGCAGAAGCAGGAUGAGGGACUCAAGCGCUUUGCAGGUGAAGGUGGCGCAUCGCGCGAAUCAAACGAACAGAUAUUCAAGAAGUUUGAAAGUUAUCGGCGCGAAAGUCAGCUUCCAAGCAAAGUCGAAGAUCUCAAGAUCAUGGUAGAUCAUCGAGCGCAGUCGAUUAUUCUUCCGAUUAACCAGUUCGCCGUGCCAUUUCACAUCAAAACUCUGAAGAAUGUGAGCAAGUCCGAUGAGGGCGAGUUUACGUACCUGCGUAUCAACUUCGUCACGCCAGGGCAGUUAUCGGGCAAGAAAGAAGACGUGCCUUUCGAUGAUCCGAACGCCACAUUCAUCCGAAAUGUUAGUUACCGUUCAACAAAUACACGACACUUUGACGACCUCUACAAUGAAAUCACUGAGAUGCGUCGGAUAGCCGCAAAGCGAGAGGCGGAGCAGAAAGAGAUGGCUGAUGUCGUUGAGCAAGAUGAACUCAUCCUGAACAAGCACCGUCCACUCUCUCUUCCAGAAGUAUUUCCCCGUCCAGCUUUGGAAGGCAAGCGCGUGCCGGGAAAUUUGACGAUCCACCAAAAUGGUGUUCGUUUUGUUUCGCCACUUCGGCAGGACCAGAAAAUUGAUGUGCCCUUCAGCAAUGUUAAGCACUUGUUUUACCAGCCUUGUGACAAAGAACUGAUCGUCCUGAUUCAUUUUCAUUUGAAGUCACCCGUCAUUGUUGGCAAGCGCAAAACGCGUGAUAUUCAAUUCUAUCGCGAGGCGUCGGAGGUUCAGUUCGAUGAGACUGGCAACAGAAAGCGUCGUUACCGCACCGGUGAUGAAGAUGAAAUUGAGCUAGAACAAGAGGAGCGCCGGCGUCGUCACAUGCUUAACAAGGAAUUCAAACAUUUUGCCCAUCGCAUUGCUGACGCCUCAGAGGGUCGCGUGCAAGUCGAUAUUCCAUAUCGAGACCUUGGAUUUAAUGGUGUACCCUCUCGAGCCAGUGUCCUGCUUCAGCCAACCACAGACUGUCUUGUUCAUCUCACAGAUCCACCAUUUCUCGUUGUUACACUAUCAGAAAUUGAAAUUGUACACCUGGAACGUGUACAGUACGGGCUUUCGUCUUUUGACAUGGUGUUUGUGUUCAGCGACUUUUCCCGCGCACCUUUGCAUAUAAGCAGUGUUCCCACAAGCUCAUUAGACGAUGUCAAGCAAUGGCUCGACUCCGUCGACGUAUGCGUAACAGAGGGAGCAGUGAAUCUGAAUUGGGGCGCGAUUAUGAAGACGAUUAAUGAAGAUCCGUAUGCCUUCUUUCAAGAAGGUGGCUGGGGCUUUUUGCAGGCCGAUGCUAGCGACGCAUCAGAUUUAUCCGACAGUGAAUCUGAGUCAGAGUUUGACUCAGAUCUUGACGAUGGCGAUCAAGAGUCGACAGAAUAUUCUGACAGUGGGUCUGACUUUGGUGAGUCAGAAGACAGUGGCUCUGAGCCCAAUGAAGACAGUGAGGAUGAAGGAGAAGACUGGGAUGAUCUGGAAGCAAAGGCUGCCAGGGAUGAUCAAAAGAAGCGGCGUGAAAGGGGCGACAUGAGCGGUAGCGACGAUGACGAUGUCAAACCACGCCCCAAGAAGAGCAAAGGCGGAUUUAACAAAUUAUAG